AACCUCAUUUUGGCAGGCUCAAACACAACGUCGAACAACUUCAAUGACUGCUUCAUAAAUCCAUCAACUUGAGAAAGGAAGCCUUCCAUGGCCUUUGAUUGCGAAACCGACUUCCCGACGGAAAUCCCAAGCUUCCCGACAUAGUACUCUUGCCAGCUGUCUUUUAAUAGUCUGGAUUCAACAACCUCCUCUUCUCUCCUUCCAAUAUGUGGACUCCAUGUCUUGAUGUCUGCUACAAUCAAUUACGCCCUCAAUAUUUCCAGCAACAUCAACUGUUUCGAUGCUCAUUAGCUCGCAACUUCUUCAAUCGACUCCAAAUGAGGUGGAGGAGCGACGGGGCGUUGCUGAUAAUUCUUCAGCUGGUACAACAAUCUCCGAAGAGGAACUAGGAAGCUACGAGGAUGGGGUGGAGCUAGAAUCUUCCGCUAGAGAUGGCUCUAACGCUGGUUACGGCCGGUUACUUUUCCCAUUCCAAUUUCUAGAAGAAAACUUCGUCGUGGUCCUCUAAGUCCUUCCGAUUUCGAGCUCUACAUAUCAUCUUCAUUCAAGACCACUGGUUGCUCUUUAAAAUUCACCACACCGAAACUCAAGAUCUCCCCCUCCGAGCAUAAUGUGCGUUUGUAUCGCUGCAACCGUUCUCUAUGUGCACUGCAGCUUCUUGAACCAAAGCCUCUGUGAUGCUUGAAUUCAUCUUCUCACGAAUCUCUCUCCACCGAAACCAAGUUUUAAUCCUCUCAAAGCAACCAACCAGAUCUCAAACCUAGUAGCGCUUAUUGAUAGAAGCACAAUUGUCAUCGUAGCAUAUUUGUUUCGCAACAUCCAUCUCAUCAGACUGAACAUCCCAUUAGAAUCUCCACCCAAUCAAGAAUCCAAUUCCUCCACGUCCUGGUUCUAGCUGCAGAAUCACGAGUUCAGAGGCAGAGUCGUCAUCAAUCGAGUUUGGAAUCGAUUGUCUCCAUUUUCUCACCGGACUUCGCUUGUGUAGGUCUACCUGGCUUUAGCUAUUGGCUGCGACUUGCAAGCCAAUACGUGUCUUCUCUGCCACCGCUAGCAUCACUUAUCUCUCUCUCUCUCUCUCUUUUCCUCCUCACACACAUAGGCGGGUGGUGGCCACAGGUGACCACCGCCACCGGAGACAGAAAACACUUUAGAUUUUCCGAGGCUCUGAUACCACCAUGUGAACAUAAUAGAAGGGAAACUUGAUUAUAUUAUCACAGAACAAAGAAACAUUUUUAAAUACA